ACGGCGACACGACGCAAGUCGAUGAAUUAGGUUAGAGUCGUGCAGUAAAGUGACAGUAUUUUGCGAUUCAUAGAUUUUCGCCUACUCAUUUUUUCUAUAGCGUCGGUGAGUCUUAACCGGUAUAUACUAUCGUGAAAAUUUAGCGUAGUCGUUAAUAAUUCAACGAUGUUGAUAAAAGUGAAGACUCUUACAGGGAAGGAGAUCGAAAUAGAUAUAGAACCAACAGACAAGGUAGAAAGAAUUAAAGAAAGAGUGGAAGAGAAGGAGGGAAUACCACCUCAACAGCAGCGAUUAAUAUUCUCUGGCAAACAGAUGAACGACGAGAAGACUGCGCAAGAUUACAAAGUCCAGGGCGGUUCGGUGCUGCAUUUGGUACUUGCGUUGAGAGGAGGCUGUAGAUAUAACAUUCCUCAUUUAUAAACGACAGCGAAAGAAUAUUAAGGAAUUGUGAGAGCCAGAGAAAGGAAAAAAAAAAACAAAAAAAAUGUUUAUCAUUACAUAUGCGCGAUCCAGAAGGACUUGAAACUCUAUGUUAUUUUAAAUAGGAUAACAUAGUCAUGUGAUCUUUACAACCUAAAUAAAUAUUUAAUAAAAUAAUUUAAUCAUCUA